AUGGGUUACUUCAAGCAGAAUAUAGCAACAGUUGGGUACGACAGAGAAAAGAAAGUGAAUUUUCGUAGAAUUAUUGCUCGACAUAUGUUGGCCUCCUCAAUUAUUUGUACUACUAGUUCAACGACCCCACCUCCCUUACUUCAAGUGUCACUUUCACCCGAUCCUCCCGUCGCUGGACAAAAGGAUACAGUUACUGUUUCCGGAAAAUUUUCGAAAGAUGUUACCAACGAUACCAUACUUGCGGUUGUAUUUGCUCAGCCAGGUGAAGGAAUCAUAGGAGAUCCCGUUAUUGUUCCUGCUUGUACUGGAAGUGGAUGUCCAAUUAAAGCUGGUGAACAAUAUACUCAAACGGUGGAAAUUCAAGCACCAGCCGAUUUACCUAAUCCGUACUUAUUGGGAGCUGCUGUUGGAAAUCCAGUUACACAUGAUGCUUUAGGUUGUGCAAUUGCUACUAUAUAG